GUUCAGUACAUUUCCUCAUUGUCAGUUAUUUAUGUGUCAGCCAUUAUGUGCGACAUGCACCAUUGCAAUCUCAUUUUCGUUGUUUAAAGUUUUCGAAUUGAAAGUUUAAGGUUCUGUAAACCUUAAAGUGGGUUAAAUGAGUUUGUAGGCUUACGACUGAGAGGGUUUGGAUUGGACACGUACAUGAGGGAGGAAACGUUACGUGUUGAAAAACUGAACUUUGAUUUGACUCAUAAGUAAGUACGUGGAUAGAAAUGGAUGUUACGGAGUGAAACACGGGGCUUAAGGGCCAGCCUUGGGGAGCAUGGACUCACCAGAUGAAGGAAGCUCGGGUUUAGCUUUAGAUCCAGGAGGAAAAGAAUCCAAAAUAAAUGGCAAAGCUGAGUUAACAGCAGACGCGCUAUUUGGAAGGCAGCUCAGUGAACCAGGUCGAUUUGCCUACGCCGCAUUGUGUGGUGUGUCUCUCAGUCACCUUUUCCCAGGAGCAGAACAAAGGUCGUUUCGGGAGCAGUAUCUGGAAGGCUUAGUGCAAUGGCUGGGUCUUGAUGAAUCGGUCAUGCCAGUGAUGCAGGCCUUCCUGGCUGGACUUGGGUGUGAAGGCAGUGACACCUUCCUGUCUAUUCUUCAGGCAGAGCCGCUACUCAGCACUGGAUCUUUGCCUAUUACACAGGAUCUUGUUUCCUUCUCGGUCAAAGAUGGUGAGUAUGAUGCCAGGGCUCGCGUCCUGAUCCGACAUGUCAGCUGCCUACUGCGUGUGUGUCCUCAGCAGCUUGAAGAUUUUGAGGAGACGCUCGGAGAGCGGUUGAGACAGGGAGAGGAGGAGAGCGAAGAAGAGUCAUCAAGAAGAAGGAAGAAAGAAAGAGGGCGUGCACUGCGGCGUUACUUGCUGAUAGGUCUUGCCACUGUUGGUGGGGGUACAGUACUGGGUGUGACGGGGGGUCUGGCUGCACCUUUAGUGGCUGCGGGAGCAGGUGCAGUGUUGGGUGCAGGAGGAGCCGCUGUUCUGGGCUCAGCCGCUGGUAUUGCCAUCAUGGCCUCCUUGUUUGGUGCUGCAGGAGCUGGAUUAACUGGUUAUAAGAUGAACAAACGAGUGGGUGCAAUUGAGGAAUUUGAGUUCCUUCCUUUGAACUCAGGGAAGCACCUUCACGUGACUGUGACUGUAACAGGAUGGCUGUGCAGUGGCAAAUACAGUUCCUUUCAGGCUCCAUGGCGCAGUCUGGGUGCCUGUGGAGAGCAGUACUGUUUGAAGUGGGAGUCCCGCUACCUACUGGAUCUGGGCUCUGUCCUGGACACACUGUGGGAUGGGCUGGUCAGCGUUGUGGCCCAGGAGGCCCUUAAAUACACAGUGUUAUCAGGCAUCGUUACUGCGCUCACCUGGCCUGCGUCUCUGCUGGCAGUGGCGAGCGUGAUUGAUAACCCAUGGGGAGUAUGUCUAAGUCGCUCAGCAGAGGUGGGAAAGCAUCUGGCGCAGGUGCUCCGGAGCAGGCAACAGGGCAAACGGCCUGUCAGUCUGAUUGGUUUUAGCCUUGGAGCUAGAGUGAUCUAUUUCUGUCUGGAAGAACUUGCCAAUGAUCAAGGUAGUGAAGGUGUCAUAGAGGAUGUCGUUCUGCUCGGAGCGCCUGUGGACGGAUCAGAGAAAACGUGGGACAGGCUCUCGAAGGUUGUUGCUGGGAAGAUUGUCAACGGUUAUUGCAGGGGAGAUUGGCUUCUUGGAUUUGUGUAUAGAAGUUCAUCUGUUCAGCUGUCUGUGGCAGGGCUACAGCCAAUCAGCUCAAAUAAUCGCCACAUAUUUAAUGUGGAUCUGUCUUCUGUGGUCAAAGGUCACUUGGACUACAUGCGUCAGAUGGACACUAUCCUUGUAGCAGUUGGCAUUCCUACCAAGGAGGGAGUUGAAACUACACCUGGCCAUCCUCACUCGGUGAUGUUAAGUGAGGGGAAGCUGGACACUCCAGAGGCUCAGACCUUCAAAGAGAAUGGACAACAUGAGGAAAACCUUAUAGAGGCUUCAAACAAAAGUGAGGAGACUAACGUGAAGAAUGAAUUCACAGAGACUGAAAGAGAAGAACAACGUGCUGGGAGAGCGCAGGAAAACGGCUGGGAUAUUCCAGACAUAUCUGACUUGCUAGACUCAUUAAGUGUCUCAGAGUCUGAGCAAAAGGACAGCAGUUUUUUCACUUGCACUGAGAGCUUUGCAAGGUCAGGCCAUCAGUGCACACAGGAGGGUCAAAGUGACACAGACAGUGAGUUAAUUUCCUGGGAAUGGGACACCAAUCACUGGACUACAGAACAUACGAUCACACACCACUCUAAAAGUACUGAAUGUCCCACGCAGAAUCAAGUAGCCAAAGGCAAACAGCCUUGUUCUGCAACACUGCCUACACACUUGCUUAAAAGCCCGGUCACAGAACAGACAACAACAGAGCACAUGGAUUCAGAUGAGAUUAAAGGUUAAAUCAGUGCCUCAUGGUCCUUCUACUGGACUACCAAUAUGCUGCUGUUUAGUGCUUUUUUGCUGUUAAACACCUGAUACAUCUUGACUGCUAAUUAUAAAAGCUUUCAAGAGUUGAUUCAAGUGUGUUAUAGCAAUAAAAAAACAUAAAAGUAAAUGAAACAGUGGUGCAUACUGGAAUAAAACAAACUGGAAUUUUAUUUGGAAGCUGAAAUUUCUUUAAACUUGUCUCAAUUAAUGGAAAAUCAUUUUUAUGUUAAUUUCUGACACUGUGAAGUAGAUACAGUUCAUUUUGUGCAAACUCCAUUCUGGAAAUUAGGGCUGCACCAUGUAUUGUUUGUUAAUCAUGUAACAACACUGCUAUUUAAUUAGCCUGAAACAUUAAAAUGAGCCCAUUGUGUACUGUGAACCUUCUGACCAAUCAUAGAGAUCAUAGAGAUUCAAGAUAUGUUUUCUUUGUGUUCAUCAAUUUACAUAUGCUAUUUUUCUUCAUGCAGAUUUAGUCGAAAUUGUCUAAACCGUUUCCUGAAAGCCAACGUAAAGUCUUAAUUAAAAAACGUAUGGUUUAACAACAACCACUUGA